AUGGACAGCAGUGACGAGGAGGACAACACUCCGUACUACCUCGAGCGCCGAGAGACCCUCACGGCAGAACUGAGAUCGCAUCCUUACGAUUUGAUUCUAUACCUCGAACGAGCCCAGAUAUACAGCGAGCUGGGCUAUCCGGACCUGAGUGCGGGCGACGCCUAUCGCGCCCUUCUUCUUCAUGAUGAGUGUGCGACCGAGGAGUUCGAGUACCACGAGCAGGCCACCGAGGCUUUACAGGAGUGGUGUGCGGACGGUCCAGGAGGAACAUGGCAGUUGCCUGCCGUGCUGAGAUCGAAGGGGGGUGUUCACCAGUUGGUGAGCCAGGUCGAGCGAGUCGAUCUCAAUCCAGAUCCCAAGCUCACGGUUGCGAAGCAGCAAUCGAAUGGUGUUUCCAAUGGCGUGGCAAAUGGAGAGCUGGACGGAGAGGGAAAUGUGAUGGAAGUCAGGAUGGAGAAAGUUUUGAAAAACGCCUCGUUACGAUGCUACCGAAACCUCUCGAUAAGCCUCCUACUCUGCGGAUGUCUGAAGAGCUCAUACGAUUUCUGCCAGCGAGGCUUGACCGUCAACCCAGGAGACGAGGAACUGGAACAAGCAAAGGAAUACAUACAAUUGAUCGCCAAGAGGAGGUUAAAGGUUAAAGAAUUGGAUUACAGCCAGCUCCCUGAUCAAGGACUGGUGAGGAGAGAGAUAUACCCAUGGAACGACCACGAGCCAGAUCGAUACUCAGCAGAGACGCUGGCCUUUCUCAACAAGGAAUUGGCAAAAUGCGCACCAAAGUGUGAAGCUAAAGUGACGGAAUUGCCAAUUCUUUUCCACAAUUAUAAUAAUAGCGACAAUUAUGGCACAACACCUACCAUGAGCCAGCUUGGAUUGUUCGCCAAAGAAGAUAUAGAACCUGGAGAGGAAAUCCUGGAUGAAUUCUCACUUCUUGCUGCCAAUAACGUACUGAAAGACGCUCUAUGCGACGCGUGUAGCUCAGCACUUCCACCUCUGACGGUAGAUAGCGAGGUCGUAGCAUGUCCUGACUGCGACGAUAUCAUGUUCUGCAAUUCCGAUUGUUUCGAGCGAGCACAAGCUUCCUACCACCCCGCCGUCUGCGAAAAAGACAUCGACACCGUAGCCAAAGACCCCGACCCAAAAGAAAAACCAUUCGCACUCUACCUUCUUCUUCUAGGCCGCGCUCUCGCCAUGGCAGUGACUCAAGAAACCCAUCCCCUCGACCUUACCGAAGUAAAAUACAUUUGGGGCGACUUCCUCCCCAGCUCUCAAAACGCCAUCCCGCUACCCCCCGACUCAGAACCCCCUCCCAUCUGGACGCUCCCCUUCUCUUUCUCCUCUAACAUUGCCGGCCCGCUCCACCUUCUCGAGAAAAUGGACAUCGACAUUUUCCAAAAUCUAGACCACUACGAUUUAUGGGUCUUCAACACCCUCUACGCCAAGUUCCGCGGCACCGCCUCGGCACGCGUCAACCAUCGAACGGGUCACCCCGAAGUCGCGGCCGUUCAUCCGCUCUGGUGUCUCGCGAACCAUGAUUGUGAUCCGAACGUGCAGUGGGAGUGGGGUGCGCGCAUGCGCUUCUGGUGUCGUGAGAAGAGGAUUGAUGGGUCGAAGGGCGGGGUUAAAAAGGGUGAGGAAAUCCUGAACCAUUACACGGAUGUGGAGCUGGGUGUCAAGGAGCGCCGCGAGUGGGCGAAGGGCAGUCUGGGUGGGUUUUGUAUGUGUGAGAGGUGUAAGCGGGAGGCGGGCGAGGCGAUUGAGAGGGCGGAUGGGAGUGGGCAGAAGGAGUCGUAG